CACAGAGCGGCACUCCUUCCUCUUCCUCCUCUUCCUCUUCCUCUUCCUCAGACCCUGUGGUGGUCUUCAGCAUGUCUGAUCUGGUAUCUGUGGACUUUGAGAUCUUCGGAUACGUACAGGGUGUGUGUUUCCGAAUGUACACAGAGAAAGAGGGGCUGCGUCUGGGUCUGGUGGGCUGGGUGAAGAACACUCACAGUGGGUCGGUGGUGGGACAAGUCCAGGGGCCCGCGAAUCAGGUCGAGGAGAUGAAGGUGUGGCUGGCUAAAGAGGGCAGUCCCAGCUCUCGCAUCACCAGAGCGUCCUUCUCCAACCAGAGGAGCAUCGACAAACUGGAGCUCAGAGGUUUCUCCACACGCUUCUGAAGAACACAUCUACGUCUACGUCUACGUCUACGCUGUCUUUUGUUUUAAAGAUGAAGAUCAGAGGAAUAAACACAUAGUCACCGAUUCAUGAGUUUGUUGUAAAUAAGA